AUGAACACUUCAUUAAAUCUAAUAUUAUUGCUGAUUACUCAGACAUUAGCACAGUCUUAUGAAAGUUCAGAUUUCAAACAUCUUCAAGAGACUCUCGACAAUUUUAUAACAAAUGUUUGUUUUGUGCUUUUUUUGUUGUCAUCAAUUAUCAUUGGCUUAGUUAUUUGUAUCUGCAUAAUAUUUAAAAAAAUCCACAAUCUUGCAAAGCUCAAAGUUAACGCUCUGGUUCCUAAUGAUGAUGAGCAAUGUGACAACUUGGAAGAAAUUAAAGCUGUCCAAAGAGUAAGACCAACAGUUGAAGUCAAGAAGUCAGCAUUAGUGCCAACCAGGAAGGUUCAAAAUAUCGAAUCAAAUGUUUAUGAUACACCACUUCCGCAAAACAAUCCUUAUGAAGAAAUUCUCAGCGUUCAUUUAAAAAAUUUCAACAUGAAACGAGAGGCUAAUCCUGGUGUUAGUAACAACUUUAAAGUUCCUUUGUUCAAAUGAUUAAAUUUUUAAUAAAAUUAUUAUUAUUUAAAUUGUCC